UGCAAUCAGGUCAGGUCAAAAGAAUUGCCGCGUCUGCCUGUCUGUUCGGCCACCAACCCCGGCCGUCAACCAUACACAUGGCCUGCAUGAUCUGUCUCUCACUACAGUAUUGCCAGGUUCGUUCCAUCAGGCGUAGGCUCUGACGACCACCACCUUCCAUCAGUUCAUCAGUUCGCUGCAAGUUCCAUCGAUCUGUCUAUCUAUAUAAGCCAGGCCACCCAGUGUGCAGGAGCCAGCGCAAGCAACAACACCUGCAGGCUGCAGCUCCCAUCUCCAUUGGCAGCUGGCAGCUGCUAGUGCUAGCACACGCGAUCCCACUACUGCAUUGCAAAGCUCUCGACUGCUCAACGUACGCCUAGCAAGAUCAGAGAUGGCAAUGGCCAGAGCCUUCCUCGCCGUCGCGGCCGUGGCCGCCGCCCUGGCCGUGCCGCAGCUCGCCGCCGCGGCUGACCAUCCGGUGGGAGGCAGCGGCAGCUGGGACGCCAGCGGCACCAGCUACAACGCCUGGGCCGCCAAGCAGACCUUCAAGCAGGGCGACACCGUGUCAUUCAAGUUCGCGCCGUCCCACGACGUCACCGAGGUCAACAAGGCCGACUACGACGCCUGCUCCGGCGCCAACCCCGUCAAGUCCUACACCGGCGGCAGCGCCGCCGUCAAGCUCACCGCCCCGGGCAAGCGCUACUUCAUCUGCAGCGUGACCGGCCACUGCGCCGCCGGCAUGAAGCUCGAGGUCACCGUCGCCGCGGCCGCGGUCACCGCGCCCGCGCCCGGCAAGGGCGGCAAGCCCCACCACAAGAGGAGCGGCGCCCCGACCCCGGCCCCUGCAGUGGCGGCACCGGAGCCUUCUUCCACCGAGGUGUCCACGCCCACUGCGGCGCCGGCGCCCAGGUCGUCGGACGCGGCCACCAUUGCUGGAAUGCUCGGAGGCAAGGCUGUCGUGGGGCUCGCCGUGGGCGUCGCCAUGGCGUUGGCCAUGUGAGCGUCGUGACACGCACGAUUUUUUUUGGCAGAAAUAAUUCAUUAUUAUUAUAUUCUGCGUCGCACCGACAGUUGUUGCUGAGAAGUUUACGGAUCUUCUUUCCUUUUCCCCUUCUUUUGGCGGCUUUGGCAACCAGCAUGUAUUCAGUUCGAUUGUAUUAUGUUUAUUAUACAUGACGAUGAUUAGUGUAUGUGUUGUUGUCACUGUUGAGAUCGAAUAAAUAUAUUAACUAUUUGGUAUUA